UGUCAUAGAAUGCACAUUCACAUACUUCUUGAAAGAAUUGUGUUUGAAAGAAAGCCAAAAUGUAUCGCAAAAAACAAAACGACAAAGAUUGCCAGUUUAUGUAAUGUUGCCAUCAAACAGUUGCAACAAGUUAAACGGCACUGGACCACCUCCUCCACCGCCGCAGCCACCUUAAUUGCACCACGCCCACCACAAUUCCACCCAAUCCCAGGUUGCCCCCUCUAAUCUCAGCACCUGCUACCUUCUCUCAUUUAAUUCUUCUCGAUCCCUCCUUUUCACCCAAGAAUUUCCUCACCCAUUAUUAAUGUAUCUACUGUAAACCAUCAUCAAUUUUUCCGACUGUUGCGCGCCAACAUCUUCACUUAUUAUCUAUCAUUCACCACCUUUUAAUGCCCAAUUUCUGCAUUCUGAUUGUUCUUCAAUGUUUUGCCAAACCCUAGAUCUGCCCCCUGCAGGUGAACACUGCGUGCGUGUGUGUGUAAUUUUUUUUUUUUGUCUGUCUUCUUCAUUUUCCGGUGUGAUUGCAGCAUCUUUGCAAGAAUUUCUGCACGUCACGUGUGUGUUUCUGCUGCAAAAACGUGCGGCGUUUAGAUUCCUUAGGACUGCUGUAUUCAGUCGGGUUGUCGGUUAAAUAGGGGAGAUUUAUAGGUGAGUAGAAGGAAGAUGAGCGAGAAAGCGACGGCGGUGGUGGGAGGGGCGGAGUUGGGGUAUGGGGGUUAUAGGGCGGCGGCACCAUUCACACAAGUGCAGUUGAAGGAGCUGGAGCAGCAAGCCAUGAUAUACAAAUACUUGGUGUCUGGCCUGCCCGUCCCACCGGACCUCGUUAGGCCGUUUCACCAUAGUUCCGAUGGACUGCCCGCCCAUGUCUUCAACCAUCCCGCCUUGGGCUACUGUUCCUACUAUGGCAAGAAGUUUGAUCCGGAGCCGGGGAGAUGCCGGAGAACUGAUGGGAAGAAGUGGAGGUGCUCUAAAGAUGCACAUCCGGACUCAAAGUAUUGUGAGCGGCACAUGCACCGUGGUCGCAACCGUUCAAGAAAGCCUGUGGAAUCUCAAUCGACAUCUCCGUCCUCUACUGGGGGUGGUAAUGGUAUCAACCGUGGAAGCUCUCAACAGAUGCCAUUCUACUCUGCUGCUAAUUCUCGAGGAUCAUCUGUUGGGAGCAAUGCAACAAAGCUGCAGAUAGGACCAAUCUCCUAUGGAAUUGAUAGCCGUGAACACAGUUUCUCAAUUGAAGCUUCUGGAAGUGCGGGAGGUCCUAGUGCAGGCAGCGGCACUUGUGGUCUCAUGCCUUGUCAGGUUUCUUCUAGCUCUUUGUUGAAACAAGGACCGGAUUCUCGAUAUCUAGGCAGUUCUUCUGCUCAACAAUAUAUGACUCAUGCCUUUGAGCCCAUCAAUGCUAGCUUGUCAAAACAGCAGCAGCAGGGCUUAUUUGGGAGUGAUAUUAGUUCACCAACAACACUGAAGCAGGAACAUCUUUUCUUCAGCGAGUGGCCUACGACUAAGGAAUCUUGGUCCAAUCUCGAUAGCGAGGGAUCAAACCAAAAUGCCUUCUCCUCUACUCAGCUGUCCAUGUCAACUCCUAGGGCAUCCUCUGAUUUUGCUUUAGGAACUGCUUACUCUACCAAUGGUGAGAUUGAUUUUUUGCAGUGUGUAGGAGCUCGAAAUCACUAGGCUUCACUCAACUUUUGGUUUUGUUAAUGGCAGAUGCGUGAAGGUGGAUGGGAUGGCGAGAAUACGAGAGCCAAUUGUGCGUGCCUGCUACUUGUUCGCGUUGUAUCUUGUGUACGAUAAUGUGCAAAUCAUCGUAGCAUUCGAUUCUGUGAUAGCGGUAUUCAGAAUUCCUUAAGUUGACUGCUUGUAUUGUUCGUAUUCAGUGAUCUUGAAUAAAUGUGCUUUGAUUUUA